AUGACUACAGCGUCUACACCAGCAACCCCAGGUCCAUCAACACCGACGACUGUCCGCACAUUGCCCCUGGAUCAGUCGAAGCUUGAUCACCAGUUUGACGAUAUAGUGCCUCCAGACAGACCGAAGAGUACCCCAUUCCCUUGCCAGGACCUGACGGGCAAGGUGCAAUCUCUACAGCUGUCGAGCCAUUCAGAUAAUUCGGAUGAAGUCCUCACACCUGUUGCAGACGGAGAAAAGCCCACGAGUACGAAUACCUCUCCUCUCACUGGCCUGCCGACAGAGAUCCAGGAAUCUAUCCUCGACUAUCUAUGUGGCAUUCGACUGCCCGCUUCGCCAAGAACAACAUCUGCGGGGAAGUCGAAAGUCCUGAGAGGAUGGGGAACGGCAUUGCGACACUCGAGGCGGCGAGAAGUUUCAGAGCUAGCUCGGGUCAGCAAGCUGUGGAGGAAGCUUGUUCAAGAACGGUUGUAUAGACAUCUGAAGAUCAAGGGAACGACGGAUUCUGUCAAUGCAUCGGCAAAGUGGUUCGAGCUGCAUCCACAUCUUUGCGAGUUUGUGAGACACAUUGAGAUCUGGUUCCCGGUCUUUCAGCAAAAGAAUCCCGCCUUUGAUCGAACUCUGCGAAUUCCCUCGACUACACCAGAUCGUUCCAGUCUCGUUCAAUCGCUCUCGACGCAGUUGCAAGACACAGCAACUCCCAUCACGUACCAGGCCCCUUCAAACAACUGCACACUGGAGGAAGUCUUCAUGUUUGUCCGAUUGACAUUCGCCAAGGCUAGCAUUUUGACACUGGAAGGUGGUGAACGCAAGAAGCCGCCCAUGGUCCAGCACUUCCAGCAUCCCGAGCUUCGAGGACUGCCAGUGAUUGAGUCUGUCGUAACACUCGUUUGCAAAGGGCAAUGGAAUCUUAUCAGAUCGAAUGAGGAUUUCCAGAAUAUAGCUACUGCUCUACCAAACUUGAAUGAGUGGCAUGGAUCUUAUGCAAAGCCAAAGUCUAAGAGCUAUCUAUCUAUGGCUACUAUUCUACCAAAACUUCCAAGACAUCUUAUACAUCUUAACAUAUGCCUCGAAGCAGACUACCGCCGAGAGAUCAUCUGUCCUGAUUUCUUCAAGAAGGUUGGAACACAUGCACACUAUUGUGUUGAGAUGGCUAAGGCGAUCCCGACACUGGAACAUUUAGCGUACACCGGCAGAGUCUGCCACGCAUUCUUCGAAGAAGCUGCAAAGUUGACCAACGCCCGAGAAUCCCGACUUAAGAGUAUAGAUCUUAUUGUGAAGAACUGCUGCCGGCCAACGUUCCUGUGGAACAAUGGUUCAGGGAUCACGGAUAUGGCAUUCAUCAUGGCAUUCGAGAGCUUGGUUGUUUCAGGUGUCAAGGCACUGGAUAAGUUGGUUGCACUCGAGUUCUUGAGGAUCCGUUUCAUUGAUCUAGACUCCCAAGUGCCAUCUCUGAACCCAUACUUCCAGCUGUUAAAAAAUCAAUGCACAGGUUUAUGGAGCGAGACGAUCAUUGAUACCCUCGCUAGAACUCGACCUGCAGCCAGCUUUAUUGAGAAGCCUGAAAACCUGGAUGACGUCGGAUUCAAAGACGGCCAACUCCUCACCGCACCGUCGUUCUCGAAGACAAGACCAUUGUCGAUCAAAGUCUCAAGCUACAUCAGCUUAUCCGGUGGUAUCACGAUCACUUGA